UCACGGCUACGUCACGUGGCUGUUCCUCUAGUUCUGCCAAGCGAAAGUGGAUGCAGAGCGCUAUUCGUCGGUGUUCUUUUAUGACAUUGAAUGUUUAUUUUGAAUUAUUCUAUGCGUUUCGAUUUAUAUGCUUAUCGAGAAUUUGAUUUAUAUUUACGAAAGUGUUGCAUUAUCACUGUAUCUGGAUCGCUCAAAACUGCCACAGCUGUCUGCUCUGGGAAGAAAGCGAAGAAAGCGGUGGUCAGCAACGCUAUGCCUGUGUGAACAAGAGAACCUGAAUCUCUGAUGUUUAAGAGGGACAGGAUAAUAAACGUCAUAACUCGAGUGCUCUUAUGCAAGCUUACUGUUGAUGAGCAGAGUGGACCAACAGAUGGACUCUUUCAGGAGCCAACAGCUUGUGUUUCAUUAAGGCACCAAAAAGCACUGUGCUUGGGGUAGAAGAGUUGCAUGGAGUAUAGGCAGGGCGAAUAUUGCUAGGAAACUUUUAGUCCUAACCAAAAGAAGAAUAUCUGUAGGCUUCGACACAAAGUUGGGGUAAGCCUCUUGUAUGAAAGGUAAGAUGUCUCAAGAUCUUAUGGAAUCAGAUUAUUUGCCCCCAGUGAGAGCAGAUCAAAUUAAAACAGAAAGAGAAGAUGAAGAGUACUUCCUGGUUGAGCAACUCUCCAGUCAGAGUUGGGAUUCGGCAGACGAUGAACCCAAUGCAUGUUUCGACACGGACGAGGAAGACUCUUACUUGAAGCUUUGUUCUGACCAAAUAAAAAUUGAGAAUGAUGAACUGGAACGUGCAGGAUCUGAGCAACAUUUUAUGGAAGGACCCGACAAAUGUACUGACUCACCAGAAAACACAACAGCGGACAAAUCCCGUAGAAGAGAUCUCACGGAGUCGGAGGCUGAGCAGUCUAACGGACUGCAAAGUCAGGCUGGAAUCAAAUGGUCGUGCCUGCGGUGCAAUAUGACGUUCGCUGAUGGAAGCUACCUGAAGACCCACGAGGAAACUCACAAAGCCGGGAAAGCGUACUCCUGUCCUGACUGCGGGAAGGGUUUCAAUCACAUAAGCAACAUGAAAAGACAUCAGCUCAUCCACAGAGAUGAAAAGCCGCACUAUUGUGCGGAAUGCGGGAAGGGCUUCAACAGAUUGAGUAGCUUAAAGGUGCACAAGCUUAAUCACACAGGGGAGAAAUUAUUUACAUGCUCAGAGUGCGGAAAGAGUUACAGUAUAAUGAAAUACUUGAAACUGCAUCAGCGAACACACUCUGGCGAGAGACCCUUCCCUUGCACCGAGUGUGGAAAGAGUUUUGGUCGUUUUAAUAACUUGAAAAGACAUCAGCUGAUUCACACUGGGGAGAAGCCCUUCUCUUGCCCUGAUUGUGAGAAGAGUUUCAAUCAGUUAAGUAGCUUGAAAACCCAUCGACUCAUUCACACAGGGGAGAGAAUGUUUUCCUGCACAGAGUGUGGCAAGCGCUUUACUCAUUUAAGGAACUUGAAAGACCACCUUCAGAUCCACAAAGGGGAGAAGCCGUACUCGUGCACGGAGUGCGGAAAGUGCUUCAAUCGAUUGGACAACUUCAAGUCGCACAAGCUAAUUCACACGGGGGAGCGGCCGUUCUCUUGCACGGAAUGCGAAAAGAGUUUCAACAAGUUGAGUAGCUUGAAAAGGCAUCGCGUCACUCACACGGGAGAGAAAAUGUAUUCUUGUCCAGACUGUGAGAAGAGGUUCAGUCAGCUGAGUAGCUUGAAAAGACAUUGCCUUAUUCAUAGGAGAGAAAUUGCAUUCUUGCACCGUGUGUGGGAAGAGCUGCAAUCGGUUAAGUAACGUGAAGGGGGAAGAAAUGCCUGCUUGUUGACAAAGGAUAGAUAUUUUCAGUGGAUUUUGAUAGCAUGCAGCAGGUGUAAAGAGGGAAGUGAACCAAAUUUUCAACAAACACCUGGGCUUCUUCCCGAGACUGCCUCUCCCCUGAGUCUGUUGCUCAGUAUUUUUAUGAUUAUGCAAUUCAUAUGCCUUUGGUUACAAUACAGCUGUGGUGUACCCAAUUUAUAUUAACCCACGCGCUAUGAUGUUUGGUGUCAUAAAUGGGGAGAGGCAGCAUGAAAUGACUUGGUAUGGUAAUCACGAAAAAUGAUAAUAGUGGAUUUAAUGGUAUCAGGAUCUUCAUAUGAUAUCAGUUUGUGAGGUAAAUUUUAAUUUAAAUUAAAAAUGUAAAAUUACUUAUUUUUGAGUUUAUAAAAAUGUGUUGUUCUGGAAUCAAUCAAUAUUUUUAUUAAUACUUUGCUACCAUAGGAAUCCUUGGUCAUCAAAAGUGAUUUGUUUAAAACUGGAAGAGAAGGAUAAUACUUUCUUAACACUUAUGAAUGUAACAUAUUUGCAAUGCAGGCAAUGGUUUGUGGACCCUUUAUUUAAAUUUGGGGGAGAUAUUGGUUAUCUCAAUAUGUAUGGGAUGACAAUGAAGCUUUUCAUUACAGCUUUAAUUUGAAUAAAGUAAAUGGGCAGUUAUUUUGACUUUUGAGCACUCAAGAAUGUCAGAACCCGCCAAGUUAAGUUGCUGUAACAUGACACUUUCAUUAU